AUGACGGCCGUCCCGAAACGACGCCUAGCGGCGCUCUCGAAGCAGCUGGCCGAAGGCAUUCCCUCGGAGGGUACAUUCGAAGAGAUACCUCGCGUGAGACAUGUCGCAGACAGCUCGACGGGGCCGAGAGUGAAGGGAAAGGUCGCCAUAGUGACAGGAUGCAAUUCCCCCAUCGGCAUCGGUCGAGCCACCGCACAUCAAUACGCCCAGAACGGCGCCAAAGCAGUCUACAUCUGCGAUUACGAUGAUAAGUACCUGGAAAUGCACAAGCGAGAAAUAACCCAGUUAUACCCGGAAGUCGAAAUCCACCCAGUCAAGGUUGAUGUUGGCGAGGAAUCGCAAGUCAAGGCAGUGGUGGACCAGGCCAUUGAGAAAUACGGUAGAUUGGACAUCAUGUUCGCCAAUGCAGGAAUCACUGGCGUGCCCAAUACCUUUGAGCAUAUCUCGAGUCAGGCAUUCAUGAACACAAUGCGGGUCAACGCUCUGGGCGUGUUUUUGUGCUUCAAGUAUGCGGCCAUUGCCAUGCAGAAGACGGGCCCGGAGAAGAAAUAUCCUGGCGGGAGUAUCAUCGGUACGGCGUCGGUGGCUGGUCUCAGGUCGAACGCAGGAGGCACGGACUACUCAGCCAGCAAGGCUGCUGUGGUGUCGUUGGCCCAGACCAUGUCGUACCAAUUGAGUGGUACAGGGGUACGGGUCAAUGCAAUCUGUCCUGGUGUGAUCGAGACCGGCAUGACCAAGGGCAUGUAUGAUCAAGCACGAAGUCGAGGGACAGAGCGAAAGAUUGGUCAGUUGAAUCCGCUUCAAAGAGGUGCUGUGCCCGAUGAGGUCGCCAGAGUUGCUCUCUUCUUGGGAAGUGACGAGGCUAGCUACGUCAAUGGGCAGGCCUGGGCAGUUUGUGGUGGACUGAGCGCUGGACAUCCGUUCGUACCAGGCAAGCUUGCCUGA